AUGACCUUCCUUACUCACGAUAUCAACUCCCCAAACGACAUGGUCAUGGACACGGACGAUUAUAUUGGCGUGGCCAGCGAGCCUGAGAAGGUUGCUAUCAUUGACCCCGACAGUUUUGAACAAAGCGAAGCCGACCAGUUGCAAGACCUGCCCUUGGCCACCGACCAUGACGCCAUGAAAGAGAUUUGUCUCCCCCCUCUUAUCGACGAACCAAAGAUUCUUGGAGACUACGAUUACACAUGGACUGUUGAGAACUGGCGCAGUUUGAAUAAGAAGGAACACGGCCCUGUCUUCCAAGCAGGUGGUUUCCCAUGGCGAAUUUUGCUCUUCCCGCAUGGCAACAAUAUUGAUCAAUGUUCUAUCUACCUUGAACAUGGCUUCGAAGCCGAUGAAGUCCCCGAAAACUGGAGCUGUUGCGUCCAAUUUGCGCUUGUCCUCUGGAACCCGAACGACCCCAGCCUAUAUAUCCACCACACUGCCCAUCAUCGAUUCACCAAAGAAGAAGGCGAUUGGGGGUUUACUCGCUUCGUCGAGCACCGUCGUAUGUUCAAUGUACCCUGGGAAGGGAGCAGUCGACCCCUCUGCGAGAACGACACCGCCAAUAUUACCGCUUACGUACGCCUCGUCGAGGAUGAGACGGGCGUACUGUGGCAUAACUUUGCCAACUAUGAUUCCAAAAAGGAGACAGGAUACGUUGGCUUGAAGAACCAAGGCGCAACAUGCUAUCUGAACUCUUUGAUGCAAUCGCUUUACUUUACAAACAAGUUCCGAAAGGCAAGGGCCAUCUAUGAAAUUCCUACCGAGGCCGAUCCAAGCAUGGACAAUAGUGCUUACACAUUGCAGCGACUGUUUUACCAACUCCAAACCUCGGACCAGGCAGUUGGAACCACUGAGCUCACAAAGUCUUUCGGUUGGGAUACACGACACAUCUUUGAGCAGCAGGAUGUCCAAGAGUUUUCGCGCAAGCUCAUGGAAAGAAUGGAGGACAAGAUGAAGGGAACACCUGCUCAGAAUGUCCUGCCAGAAAUGUUCAGUGGCAAGAUUAAGACAUACAUCUCAUGUAUCAACGUCGACUACGAAUCUAGCCGAAUUGAAGAUUUCUGGGACAUUCAACUGAACGUCAGCGGAAACAAGAAUCUUCUCGAAAGUUUUGAGGACUACGUUCAGGUCGAGAAAAUGGACGGAGAGAACCAGUACUUUGCUGGUGACCAGUACAAGCUUCAAGAUGCAAACAAGGGUGUUAUUUUUAACAGUUUCCCAGAUGUGCUGCAUCUCCAAUUGAAGCGCUUUGAGUACGACAUCCAACGCGAUACCAUGAUGAAGAUCAAUGAUCGAUACGAGUUCCCCGAAUUUUUCGAUGCCGCGCCAUAUCUGUCCGAGGAUGCUGAUAGGUCUGUUCCUUGGACUUAUCAGCUUCACAGCGUUUUGGUUCACAGUGGUGAUCUGAAUGCUGGACAUUAUUAUGCCUUCUUGAAGCCUGAGAAGGAUGGCUGGUUCUACAAGUACGACGACGACAAAGUCACCAAGGCAACGAUGCGCGAAGUUAUGGAAGAGAACUUUGGUGGAGAAUACCAGACAGCCAACGGCUACCCCCGUGCAACCGUGCAGAAGAAGGCCCCUAUCAUGCGCCAGAACAGCGCCUACAUGUUGGUUUAUAUCCGACAGUCGCGACUGGAUGACAUCCUUUGUCCAGUCACCAAGGACAAUAUUCCUUUACAUCUUAGACAAAAAUUCGACGAGGAGACAAUUCAACGGGAAGCUCGCAAGAAAGAGGCUCGGGAAGCGCAUCUCUAUAUGUGGGCAAAGGUGAUCACUGACUAUUCUUUCCAACAAUUUGGUGGGACAGAUUUGUGCCAGUUCGAUGCAAACCCCCAAUCCGAUCCGGCUGCGCCCAAAUUUUAUCGAGUCCGUCGUGCGAUGACCAUGGAAGAGUUUGUUGCGCAGGUUGCAGCUGAUAUGAAUGAGGACGCGCGAAGAGUGCGACUCUGGCUCAUGGUCAACCGACAGAACAAGACGAUUCGACCCGACCAACCAAUCAUGGAUCUAAAGCCUACAGUUGACGAGACUUAUUCCCGAUCUGCCGCACACCGUGAUACUAGUUUACGGGUGUGGGCUGAAGUCGCCGAGGAGGUCAAUGCUGACGGCGAGCCCAUCUGGCCGUCUUACCAGAGCCAACCCAAUGGUGUCAUCGUUAAGAACGACACUAUUCUCCUCCUUCUGAAGCAUUUCGACAUUGACGCCCAGACUCUACGUGGUGUUGGCCAUGUCUACAUUUCGAAAGAGAAGAAGGUUGAAGAACUGCUUCCUAUGAUCCUUAAGAAGAUGGGCUGGGGUGAGAAGUUGCCAGCUGAGGAAAAGCUAUUGCUUUGGGAGGAGAUCAAACCUACGAUGAUCGAGCCACUAAAGCCUAAACAGUCUUUGAAGAUUGCAGAGCUUCAAGACGGCGACAUCAUUUGCUUUCAGCGAACCAAGGCCAAUGUUGAGAAACGCGCCGGUGACAAGGCUUCACAAGAAUCAAGCAAUACAUCUGAACACUUUGAAGAUGCGCGCGAAUACUACGACUUCUUGGAGCACAGGAAGACGAUCAAGUUCCACCCUCAUCCUACCCGAUGUGACCCAGCUCAGUACCCCCCGUUUGAGCUGGUGCUUAAUUCUAAGAUAACAUACGAUGUUUUGUCGGAGCGUGUCGGGGCUUAUCUUGAUGUGCAGCCUACACAUAUUCGGUUCUGGACGAUAAACCUUUCGACACAUAAUCCUAAGGCGCCUGUGAGAAGGGGUGCGAACCCAACUCUGCGACAGAUCCUCAGCCCCAUGGGCUCAACUGCUCUCAACUCUACUCAAAUGAAUGACGCUUUCUACUUUGAGGUGCUUGAGAUGAGUCUUACGGAGCUCGACACCAAGAAGAGUAUUAAAGUUACUUUGUUGAGUGAGGGUAUAACUAAGGAGGAUACGUACGACUUGCUCGUCCCGAAGACUGGAACCAUGGACGACUUGGUUGAAGCUUUGAUAAAGAAGGCACAAAUUCCGGGCGAAGCUGAGAGCGGAAGGAUUCGCAUCUAUGAGACGAGCUCAAAUCGUUUCUAUCGUGAACCUUCUCGCGAUCAUCCUGUUAUUAACCUGAAUGAGUUCGCGCGAGUCUACGCAGAACGAGUUCCCCAGGAGGAGAUCAACGCCGACGACAAUCAAUUCGUCCAAGUUUUCCACUACCAAAACGACGUCAGUCGCGUUCACGGCGUGCCCUUCAAGUUCUUGGUUGUUGAGGGCGAGACUUUUGCAGACACCAAGAAGAGACUAGAAAAGCGAACUGGAAUCAAAGGCAAGAGCUUCGAAAAGAUCAAGAUCGCUGUUGUGCGACGAUCUAAUUACUCGAAGCCGCAAUAUCUUAAUGAUGAUGAUGUGCUGUCAACUUUGGUGCAGGGGGAGGACGACUACCUCGGCCUUGAUCACGUAGAUAGAACAAGGGCACUGAGGAACGGCGUUGGGGACCUAUUCCUUCGAUAA